AAAUCAAGUAAACGACAAGCGAACGACAGAGACCUAUGAAUCUAUCAUUGAAGAUCGGACGAGAUUCCUUGUAAAUUAGAAAAGAUUCCUUAGCAUGCGCGAAAGAGGGGGGGAAAUAUCAAUCGGGUGAUGCUGUGGCAGUGAAUUGAAGAAGGGCGGAGAGAGAGGGGGAGGAGCUGGAGGUUUCAAUGGCGACGAAGUCGGAGAAGUUCUCGAUGGAUUUCGCCAUGGGCGGGGCGGCGGCGUUGGUGUCGAAGACCGCGGUGGCGCCCAUCGAGAGGGUGAAGCUGCUGCUGCAGAACCAGGGGGAGAUGGUCAAGAGGGGUCAGCUCCAGCGGCCCUACGGUGGUCUCGCCGACUGCUUCAAGAGGGUCCUCAGGGAGGACGGUCUGCUGUCGUUUUGGAGGGGAAACCAGGCCAAUGUCAUCCGGUACUUUCCUACCCAGGCCUUCAACUUUGCUUUCAAAGGUUACUUCAAGAGCUUCAUUGGGCGCUCAAAGGAGAGAGACGGAUACCUGAAGUGGUUUUUGGGGAAUGUUGCCUCUGGGAGUGCUGCAGGAGCAACUACAUCUCUGUUACUAUACCAUCUAGAUUAUGCUCGAACAAGACUUGGAACUGAUGCUAGAGAGUGCCGGGUAACAGGUCAGCGGCAGUUCAAGGGACUGGUUGAUGUUUACAGUAAGACCUUGUCCAGUGAUGGUGUGGCUGGACUGUACCGAGGAUUUGGGGCUUCAAUUAUUGGAAUCACUUUGUAUCGAGGAAUGUAUUUCGGAUUUUAUGACACCAUGAAGCCCAUCAUUUUGGUCGGGUCUUUUGAGGGGAAUUUCCUGGCGAGUUUCUUCCUGGGGUGGAGCAUAACCACAUUCUCUGGGGUCUGUGCUUAUCCCUUUGACACUCUCCGUCGAAGAAUGAUGCUCACGUCGGGACAACCAGUUAAGUACAGGAACGCCCUUCACGCGUUUCAGGAGAUUGUGCGUCUCGAGGGCUUCAGAGCUCUUUUCCGAGGAGUCACUGCGAAUAUGCUUCUAGGGAUGGCGGGUGCUGGAGUUCUCGCUGGUUAUGAUCAGCUCCAGAGGGUUGCAUUUAGGCAUGAGUACAGUUUCGAGCCUCAACAGAGAGUCCUGAAGUGAAAGUACCAUUGGAAUUGGAUUUGUGAAAAUGGUUGGCGAAACCGACUAGCCUCCACAGGAGAUACAUACCAGCAAAAGAUCGAAGCAAUGGAAAUAGGAGAAUAUGAGUAUUGCAACGAAAAAAGAUGGGAAGAUGUGGCAAAGAUGACGUUGACACACCGGUUGCCUGUUCAACUGUACAGACAAUUUAUCCCCUUAUACUGGGCAACCUUGUACAUUAUGUAUAUUGAUUCAUUUGAGAAAUGGUCAAUGUGCUUCAAUA